UAAGCACUAGAAAGUGAUCAAAAUCACAAAAUGAACUCAAGAUUGGCCAGUGUUUGUGAAUAUUGCAAGCGUUGCUUGUGUCUUCUUGCAGGUGACAUUUCAAGGUUGACACUUUGUCAGUGAUGAUCGGUCUUAUGGCAAACUGUUUUUCAUGGGUGAAGAGAAGAAGGGAGCCAUGGAAGUAAGUUGACACUUCUGUAUAUAAGCUUAAAAAUAUGUGCUUUUUUCUCACUGGUAACUAUGAUGUCGAAAUAUUUGGGUAAGCGUAUCUUUUUUCUCUCAGGUUUAAUAUUAAAUUACUGCCCCAUGUUAUUCUACAGGAAGGUUACCAUUUUGAUGGUUGGUUUGGAUAACGCGGGGAAAACGUCAACAGUUGCCGAUUUAACGGGAGGUUCGUUUUCAAUUACAUUUUUUUUCUUACUGAUAAGCUUACAUUGCUUUUGAUGGUGAGGAAGUUAAGCUUUCUCUGUAGAUGAGGAGCUCAUACCGAAUAAUACUGACACUUCCUAAAUACACAAAUAAAUCUUAGAAGGAGAUACACUAUUCCCGGCACGAUAGCCAUCUUCCGCCGAAAACGUUCUUCCGAGAACGGAUGGUAACCUCUUAAUAAUCUUGUCCCUUUUAAUUAGAUUUAAGUUAAAUUUGAAAAAUAAGAUUAAGGUCAUAUUUAAGUUACGGAUCGCGGGGUGCUAUCUUAAUAUAAUAGACCAAAGCAAAUGUUUGUAUUCUUGUCUGCUCAAGAAACUGGAAAAACAAAGGUGAUUUAAUAUGGUCGUCUUGCCAGGGAGUUUUUUGGCUCUUGGGGAGGAGUAGUAAAUAAACCACAUGGAUGAAAAUGUUGUCUAUUUGAGUAACUGUAGUAUUGCCUUUUAUUUGUGUGCCUUGGGUUACCAGACUCCUCACAGCUGAGCAGCUGUUGUCAAACAUUUGUUAAAUUUGCAAGCAGACUUCUAAAACUGGGGUGAUUUGUUAACAAACCUUCAAGUGAUGAUGAUGAAAAUUAAAAAUUAUUCCUCGAUCCCGAAUGGUAUCUGAGUCCGUGGCCCAUGAGGCCAAAGGCCAAAUGGGCUAUUGAUUCAGAGGCCAUGAGGGCGAGACGAACAAUAUUGUUUCAGUAAAAUCCAACCAGUUGGUCAAAAAUAUUCAGACAAACCAACUUUAGCUAGCAAAACGCAAUUCAGCCACUAUUGUUUUUGUUUUCAAAGCCGGCACUUUUCACUACUAGUGGACUAUAACAUAUAGCCUAGUAGUAGCUCAACCAAUCAGAGUGCAGCAUUGAUAAUAGACCACUAGUUGGAUUUUACUAAUAAGUAAUAGUAAUAACGUGGAGUGGAGUCCAAUUCGGUCUGUAAUCAUAUGAGUGUUUAACAAAAUCGGACGACCGAUUUGUUUAAUCACGAGUAUGAUUGCAGACCAAAUUGGAUGACACAACAUUCUGUUACCAAUUAAUCAUGACUUUAACAAAAUUUGUGAUAUAUAAGGCUCUUUUUAAAAUCGAAACACAAGGAAUUGAAGAUGUUUUUGCUAGUAAUGAAAAAAAAGCCAUUUAAGCGCGCACAUGAUGUCACGUACUGUCCUGUUAAGGCUGAAAUCAGAACAGUUGAUAGCCAAUCAUAUUUGAGAAUUUUGUCAUAGUUAUGAUUACAGACCAAACUGGACAACUCGACGUUCUGUUACCAAUUAAUCAUGACUUUAACAAAAUUUGUGAUAUAUAACGCUCUUUUUAAAAUCGAAACACAAGAAAUUUUAAGAUGUUUUUGCUAGCAAUGAAAAAAAAGCCAUUUAAGCACGCACAUGAUGUCACGUACUGUCCAAUUACUUAGGCAUGACGCGUACUGUCCUGUUAAGGCUGAAAUCAGAGCAGCUGAUAACCAAUCAGAUUCGAGAAUUUUGUUAUAGUUAGGAUGAUAAUAAUAAUAAUAAUAAUACCGGUAAUAAUAAUGAUAAUGUUACAAUAAAGGUUUCUUAAAAUAAUGUUACCAUAAAGGAAGGGAGAAACAGAGAUUUUAAUGGCCAAAUUCAUCAAAUAUCUUAAAGCAGCAUCCUUUGCUUACUGGCACUGCAUUUUCAGUGAAGAGGUUACACUCAAAACUAAAACAACUUCAGGUUGAUUCCCAAUAAAAUAUUAUUGUUUCCCCUGUUUCCAAUUCCUAAUUCAUAAUUAUAAGGGCUGGAAGACAAAAGAAAUUUGAUCGUAUACAUGUGCGAACUUGCAUGUAAUAAGUAAUUAAAUUAUUAUUAAUUAUUAAAAGGCUAUAAAUUUUUAACUUAACGACCUGUAACAUAGUCUCCCUAUAUUACAUGUAACAUGCCCUACAGUGUUUUUUUAGGGACCACAUGUACCCCCGUCCUCUGGACUGCCAGGGAAUGCUUUAUUUUCUUGAGUAAAGUGAUGGGUAACAAUGGAAGUAUUACAUGGGUUUUUAUGGAAACCCUCUCAUAAGUAAUUUCUGUUUUUUUUUACAGAAACUACAGAUGGAAUAACCCCAACAAUUGGAUUUUCGAAUUCUUCCUUCUCUCUGCAUCGAUUUCAUGUUUCUCUCUUUGAUGUUGGUGGUGGAGCGAGAAUAAGGGCCAUAUGGAAAAAUUAUUAUGCAGAGGUUAGAAAUUAUGAAAAUUAUUCUUAGCUUCUCUAGUGUAGAGGUGGAUCAAGAUCAGGAAGUGUCACACAAAAUACCGCAGUGACCCUUUUUAGAUUUUACCAAGACACAUCUAGAGUGAGGGGAGGGCUGGCAGUGAAAAGACUUAACAUCAGCACAUGAAUGGCAACAUGAGUGAAAUGAUUUGACCUUAGUGAAAGCGCUGUAAAAUUGCUGAAUUCCUGCAAAUGCUGUAAGACAAUUCCACUAAUAUGAUUAAUAAAGGAGAAUGCAGGUCAGCGUUGUCUUCUGUUUAAUCUCUCCUCAGACAUCACUUUGAAUAACAAUGCAGCUGAGGUUUGAUUGUUUGUGUAUUUUUUCCUUUUUUCAGUCAUAUGGGAUAGUAUUUGUUGUAGAUGCUAGUGAUGAAGACAGGCUUGAAGAAUGUAAGAAAAUUCUUCAUGAAACCGAAAUGCAGCCUCGAGUGGCAGGGAAACCUCUUCUUAUGUAAGUUACUUAAAAUACAAGAAAAUAAUAUUGCAUUGCUAGGUUGUUACUUAAAUUUAUUCUUAGCUUCUUAUUAGUCGAAAUUUAAAUCUUGUCUCAUAUUUCACACUUGCUGUGGAAUUCUAGAUUUAAGAAAGGGAUAUUGCCAGAGGAAAUUUAAAUAUUAAUAUUUAAUAUUAAUAAGUGACAUGGAAUUUCACUGUCAAAUUAUUUUGUAAAUUGAUCAAUCACUUAUUUUUGGACUAUGAACCUACAACCUCCAAAUGUUUCUUUUGCAUAGACUUGGCAAUAAACAGGACUGUGAUGGAGCACUGAAUGAAAAUGAUUUACAACGACGACUUGAGUUAGAUACACUUGUGGACAGAUACAAGUGCCCCUGCGAAGUUGUAAGUUUUUAUCUACAGUACACAAAACUUUGUCUUGUGUGAUGUGCAAAAUUGUAAGAGUUCUGUAGUUAAAGGUUGGUUUCUUUUUCUUUUUUUAUUAGUUUUGUUGUACAGCAGUGCUUGGUAAAGGAAAUAAAGUAGACAGGCAAAUUAAGAAAGGUUAGUAGAUAUAGGUAACAUUUUAAGCUGUUAGAGUUUUAUCAUUACAAAAUAUAUAUUUUUUCUUUUUUAUAUUAAUGCUUCAUAAAGCAGAGUAAGGAUUAAGGAAAAGAUCCAACAAGAUGAAUUUUUGUGGUAUUUUGAUAACUUUCCCCUCCUUUUCUGUAAUGUUCAGGGGCAACAGGAAGAGUUCAAAAUGAUUAAAUGGUAUUAGGGCUUAAACGGUUCAUAUGGAUCAAAUAGUCAUAGCAGGUUGGGAGGCUUAAUUGGUAGAGGGCUGGCAUUUCUCAUUUUCUCACCAUUGCUACAAAAUUUUCAUGUUGUUCUUCCACCAAAAAGUGUGUCCUUUGUUUUUUAUCUCUCGCGCUAACUCUCUGUCACUCUUUUUCUCGUCGAGCUUUGCUGGCCUGUCACCCACUCUCUCUUUUUCUCUGUCUUUCUCUUGCUCUAUAUUCCAAAUUUGCAGACAUGACAAUUAAUGUGAGCUUAAUACCUUAGGCAACACGAAUACAGAAAAAAUCUAUGCUUUCCAGUUUCGUCUUUAUUGACUCUUUAGUUGUCUCUGCCUCACAAGACGUGGUUGGCUAUGUGAUUUCCCACCCAAAUAACCUCGAGUUGCAUUUGGGUUGCCAUACCUGUUGAUUGAGUUAUUUUACAUUGGUAUGCCUGCGGUGCGGACAGAUGGUCGGUUGGUGAGACGUACAGUCACGUGAUUACCAAAAUUUCUCGGAUGGUUAGAUUACUACAUUUUCUUCGGAAUGGGGGUCGGUGCACACAUGGAGCUUGGCUACAAAUGAAACUACAAUUGUACUUUAAACAGCAGCAAACGUUUUCAUAGCAUUAAUAAUUUUGUGAUGUUUUUUGCCAUUUUAUUUUGACAUUAGUUUUUUGUUGGACACUUUUGCCCCAGGUUUCCGUUGGCUCUUAUCUGAAAUAUCUAGUGAUUAUGCAGAUUUAUCAAGAAGAGUGGAAAAAGACAUUGCUGAACAGGUAUUAUAUCAAUAAAUUUAUUAAAACCUGAAAAAUUAGUAGAUGGGAAAUCAAUAACAGCUGCAAAGUUCUUUCAGUGCUGUUUUCCCUUUGUUUCCUAUGAAAGUACUACAGCCCAGGAUUAUGCUUAUAGUAUGGUCUGGACAGGAGUUAGUCUCCGGCCCCAGCACUUAGUGACAGCCCAGCUCGGCUAGGCUUUCAUUCAGAAAUAGACACAAUUAAUAUCAGGUGUGGGGGCUUAUUUAAUUUUUUCUAUAUCAGACUGGGAGUUUUUUCCAAAUUGGGGCUUUAAUAAUGGAGGCUGGUAGGCUACAUAAUUAGAGAAACAUGAUAAUGUCAAUGGAAUCAGAUGUAAUUUUUCUUUCAUUCAGAAAAGGGCGCAAGAAGAAGAGAGGGAGCUCAAAAGGGAAAGAGUAAGACUGGCCAAAGAAGCAAGGUAUUCUAAGUGAUUUUCAUGUCAAAAACUUAAUACCCAACAGCAAACAAGGUCAUGAGGAGGUAUAAGAUGGUCAGGGGCACCCAACGACAAUUUUCGGCAAAAUAUCUGUUCGGAAGACGAUUUGAGAUCUAGAAUUUUCGGAACAUUUGUUGUAAAAUUUCUUGGUUGCCUGCUUCUCCUAGGAUUUUCGAACAUCUAAAAUAUGGUAUAAUUGCCUAUUUUUAACGGAUUUUUACCCUAAAAAGGUCAUCUAGAAUUUUCAGGAGCCUUUUUUCUGGCUGAAAUUUUCGAAAAGGUAAGCUUCGAUCCCUAUAAUUUUCGGAUCACUAGACUUUCAGCUACGAAAUCCGAACAGAUGAAAAAUUUUUAGGGGAUAAAAAUAUGCCUAUAUCUACCGUUUAAAUAACAAAAUACGUUUAACAAUGCUAUGUUUUAGUGGUUUUGAACUAUAUUCUCGUUGGGUGCCCCUGGAUGGUAAUUGCUGACUUUUUAAGACCACGUACUGUUGAGACCAAGACUGAUCGAGACUUCUCUGUUCAGACAAGCUGAGCUCAAGGCUAAAUACCUGUAGCUCUAACCAAUUCCCGCAAAGUUCAAAAAUAAAACCUUCAAACAGAUUUGGUGUGUUGCAUGCAUACAUCUCUACAUAAAUUACUGCUGUCAGAAAACAUGUAAAUUGACUAAAACAGAGUUUAUGGGAUUAUUAAUUUUUCAUCAUUGUGUAAGAAAUUUGUGUCUGAUAGCGCAGGCUGGUUGAUUUUGGUAUCAGGUUAGUGAAUUCUGUUCUCAACUUGCCCAAUGGGCAAGUGAGGUCAAAUUACAGAAGUACUUUAUGCAAUCCUGCUCUUCAAAAAAUUCUUGGAGCUAGUUUGAAUGACUAUUGGGCUAGUACAUGCUAGGGAAAGCUGUGAAACUAACUUUCUUUGUACCCUGUUUAUAAGACACUUUCUGAAAGCCAAAGGGGUCAAGAAGAUCCAAGUAAUAUCAAGCUUGAGAUUCCAAGUCCCAUAUUCUAAUUGCCAAGAAUUCAAGACUCAGUAUUUUGCAGGACUUGCCAUUUUUGGAGAGACUUAGAAAUAAUCUACAUAAUCAGGCACCCAUGAGUAUACUUUAUAACCCCCCGAUAACCACUCUCAAAUCCAAUUGGGAAAUCAGAUUGCUUAUUUAUAUUUUGCUGACUAGUACUCUUUCCCAAUACUCUCUAAGAUCAAAGUAUUUCAUACAUAUAUUGAUAGAAAAUGUAAAGGCACCAUAAGUGUACGUUGAAGAUUAAGAACUGGUCAUUAUUUUAAUACUGACUCAAGUGCAUGGUUUAGCAAUUUUUUGAUUUGUUAGACUAGUGAGAUUCAUUGUUGGUUGAAUUUAUGUUUUUUUUACUCAUAGAGAAAAAGCUGAGAAAGAGGCUGCAGAGAGAGCAAAGUUGCAAGCAGCAGAAGAGUCUGAUGAUGGUGUUGUUGUUGGCAAAGUACGAUAAUUAAUCAUAUCAAGUUAAUGAUCUAUUAAUUGUCUUAGGGGCUAGGUCAUUGUGUAUGAGUUGAGUCCAUCAACUUUUACUUAGAUUGUGUUUGAGAUCUAAACUCGCAGUGGUCUUGUUAAAGUUAUUCCCCAAGAAAUAUUUAUCUUAUCUCAAUAAUCUUAACCUUUUUCAUGUUCUUUAGUGACGCCCAACCAUGGCCCCUUUUCACAGAUUUGGAUAGACACUGUAUAGGAUAAUACACGUUCACAUGAUUGAUGUCAGAUUGCAUCCAAUUUUAAAAUCCCAAAAAUUAUUUAUAAUAAAACAAAUUAAAUCUCUUAAGUGUAAUUGAUUUCAAAAGUUCAUAAAAAAGGCAAAAAAAAGUUGAAAAACUUGAAGCUAAUCUAUGGCUAUUUGGCUUUGGAUACAUGCAGAGCCUCUUUAUAAUAAUUAACUUUUAUCCCUGUCACUGAGUUGUUUCUUGGGAAGGACAUCUGCAUUUUUGUCCAAAAACUACCAUGCUAUGUAAAUCUGUCCAGAAUCUGGUCAGGAGCUCUGGUUGGUUGAUGUACAGUAGUAAUUAUCUUUUAGUUUGUCCAUGGACGGCAGACAAAGAUCAAAAGUCACAAGGAUCAAAUGUAUGAGGCACUGAAUCUCCCACGGAAUGAUCAUUUCCUAUGGGUAUAUAAUUUGCUUUACAAGAAGUGUUUUAGCUUUGCUGGUGCCAAAUUCACAGCAGAACCCAAAAUGUUUUGGCAAUGGACGAGAAUGAGCAGAAGCUCCAACAAAUUUACAUACUUAGGUCUGGAAUGUAACAUUCCAUGGGUUAUCAAUGUAAACGUUGGUUUACAUCAUUAGUAUGGAAUUUUUUUGGCUUAAACGUAAAUGUCUCUCUCGUGAAACAAUCCUAGUGACAGAGCAAUUAAAGACGUUGGCCCUCCGAUCCCAUGCUAAUAGUUUUUUUUAUUUUUCUCAACUUAGGACAAAAAGAACAAACAAGGUAGGGGAACGCCUGAGCAUCCAACCUCACCUCGAAAGAAAAAGAAAGAGAAAGAGAAAGAAGCCACCCCAGAGCCAGAGACAUCAGAAAAGAAAACAAAGAAAAAGAAGAAGAAGAAGAAACUAAAAAAUGAGGAAGAUGAUGAUGCUCAAGAAAAUACAAGAGUGAGAUUUUUUUGUAAUCUUUUGAUUAAUAAUCUGAUUUACAUUUUCUAUCCAGUUUCUGCUUUUGAAGAGAGCUCAUUGCUGAAGUGUAUUAUUAUUUUAGGACACUAGGAGAUUUUUAUGACCUGAUGAAAUUAUCCAGAAUUUUGUUGUGUGGGUGUUGUUUAGCCUGUGUACAGACGUCCCCCCUCCUGAUUUUUCCUGAGGGAGGGGGACAUCUGUACACAGGCUAGGUGUUGUUAAGGUUUUUCUUUUUGCUUAGCAGACCUUUUGACUUUCUGUACAUUCUUUGUAAAAUAACAAGAGAUCUGUGAGUACCAUUGAAGCCGCCUUAAGGGUUAUAUAUGUCCGAGCUAAUUCUGAAUUUCAAAACCGGUCAUUUCACGUAUUUAGGAGGAACCCUGCCCCUGUCAGUGUUAAUUUUUACUGUUGUAUUUGUGCUUUUCUUUGUCGCGCUGGUAGUUUCAACCUAUCUUUGUGUCGCUUCUGGCCAUUUCAGCUGUCUUAUGUCGCUGUUUCUAACCCAUGUUGCUUGUAGUAAUGCCCAAGUUGUAUCAAAGAAACAGAAUUUUACCAUUGCCAUGGGAGCUCUCUUCCCCCAACCAAUUUCCCCCCAGAGUGCGUAACCUCAUGUACAUUUUUUUUUCUUCUUAGCAGAAUGAAGAUGAAACUCCACGUUCAUUUAGCCCAAUAGAAACAAACUCCAGAGGAGAACUUGAUAAAUCUACCGACAAUUUACACCAAGAACAAGGAAAAGACGUAGAUGGGUUCGUUUCACCAAGAAGUGAAAAUGCCACAACACCAGAUGAAGGUGAAGUGAAAAAGACAAGAAAGAAAAAGAAAAAGAGAACGAGACAAAAUAAAACGGCACCUUUAGAAGAAGAGCAGAACUAUGAGUUACCCCCUCUGAAGGCAUGGGACUCUCCUCCAAGCACAUUAAAUGGUACACUUAAUGGAUUUCCAGCAAGCGGAGGUGUGUCUCCUAGGAGACUGGAACCGUUAGGACCACCAAGAUUACCAGGUAUACUGUGUUUGUGUUUCUUUCAAUUGGUGCUUCCGUAGAAUUGUAUAGCUCACCAAAGUGGAGGUGAAUAAUGGUGGAUACUUGGGGAGCGCUGGAUUUGCGGGGUAAAUAUCCACCACCCUCACUGUCACUGAGGUGAAUAAUUUUGUUUUUCUUAUAUACCACACACAUUGAAUAACUAGGGAUCCCAAAAACUACUUUAUUUUGGCAAAUGCUUGGAAUUUUUACAAUCUUUUGCACCACGCCAUGCAUAUUAACAUCCACAAAGUAACAUGGUAACUCGGGUGAUUCUCACCUCAGAGCUAGCCAAUCAGCGUGCAUUAAAAGCACUAUUCGCUGGUGUGGUAUAUAUUAGUAAUUAUCAUUACUAUUGCAACAGUUUUAGAGUGAUUUGCACCAAUUUUGCACUAAUAGUUGAAACCACCACUCUAUCAGUUUUUUCAAAUGAUAACAGUGUGAAACAAAGACCCAGUUAUUGGUCAUAAGGAGUUAUGAUCAUUCUUUUUGUAUUUCCUGAGGUUUUCAUACCUGUUGUAAAACAGGUUAAAUAUGUCCUUAUUUUUACUCAAGAAUUUUUAAUUUAAAAGCCUGAGAUGACGUCCUCCUCCUCAAAAAUACUCAACCAAUCAUAUGGUUUUUCUUUGUCUUUCAGGUAGCAGAGGUUUCACCUCUCCGUCAAUACCAGAGGGUGACGAGGUGCAAAUUAUUUUUGUUAGAUUAACAAAUUAGAACUAAAAGAAUUUUUUAAGGUUUUUUUUUUCUACACGUUUUAAUUUGCUGGUCAGCAAUCACCUCUGAGUAUUUUGAUGUAAGCUGAUAAGCUGGCCAAAAUUUUGUAAAAAGUCAAUUUUCCGGUCCUUACCUUAGCCUGCAAACGAAGACAUAUUUCUGACCGUCGCCUCUCUCCACCCACUUUUUCGGUGGAAAGGAGCAAUGAGUGGAAAUACAUCUGCGUUUGCAGGCUAGUCCUUACACAUGCCUAGUACGUAAUCCAGCCUCAGAGAAAAUUGCAACGAAAUUCAAGUUGAAUUUGUCAGAGAUGCCUGGAAAUGCAUAAGUCUUCAUCAACACCUUUGCUUUCAUGAGUUAAAUAGUGUAAAUAAUGUUUUUCAAUGUUGUAACUGCAUAAUCAUGAAAUGUUAUUUCUUUUUUCCUUCUAGGAAUCAAAUUCUCUUCCACCUUUAAGAGGAAUGUCAUGGACUAGAAUUAAACCCAACAGUGAGGACAAUGAUUUAGUAACAUGAAAUAAAUUUGUAGUAAAGCAAUAUUUAUUAUAGCAGAGAAAGUGAUUUUAGUUAAUCGCAAUUUAUUAGUGCUUCGUGCAAAGAAGAAUCACAAUAAUGAGGGGACACCCUCUAUUUGAAAAGUAAUUUCUCCGAAGAACAGUACUUUGACCAAAUUAUCAGGUUUCCUCCAGUAAGUUAAUUGUUAUCCAGUACAGCCCGCUUCAAAAGUUAUCCUUGAUGAUAAUACUUUGGAUUGAUACUGAAUCAGUGAAUGGGUUUUCACCUUUUAUAAGCCUCACAACUCCAUUGGCUUUCGCUCUCAGCACAAACCAUAUGCCAUGGAUCAACUUCCCAAAAAAUUAGAUACGCAGAACGAGUGAACACAGUAGUACUUAUGUUGGCUAAAAUAUGGUUUGGUUUCUUGGUUUGUUGGGUUAAGAGACCUUUACCAAGCGAAAAAAAAUUAUCUUCUAGUGCAACCUGCUUGCCCGUAAUGUGGAAUCCAAGAAAGACUUGAAUGUGUUUUUUUUUCUUGUCAUUGCCUCCUGGCAAGGCUGAGCCUACCUGGUGAGAAGUGUCUUACAGCAUUUCUCAAAAUAAGCUAUGGCAAACGGCCAUUACUUGUUUAACCCACUAAAUAAACUAUGGCUUAUGGUUGGUUAAGUACCUGCCAGUUUCCUGGAGGGCAAGUCUGUUAGAUCCAUUCUGUAAAUGAGUUGUUACGAGUUUUGUCGUCAGAAUCUACUUAGCGUUCGGUUGUUAGCUUUGUUGCUCUAACUUUAACCAUGUGAAGAUUUAUGAAAACAGUUUUAAGUUUUCCGAAAUUUUCCUCUGUGCGUCAUUUAUUAAGUGUCCGUAUGAGAACCUAGUGUGACUCCUGCUGGACAACGAGUCAAAAAAUAGUCCUUUAAGGUGUUCAAAGCACGUUUGUCACUAACCCGUCUUGGGGAAACAGUGUGGGCUAGGUAGUCUUGUUUCUAUGGAUAUUACGUUUGAGAUCUCAGUUAGCUUGGAGAAAAGGAAAGUACAGUAAUCUUAUUUAUUAGAAGAUUUAAUAAAACGACUCAAGACAUUGUCAUUGUAAAUUUUGACAUACAUUUUAUCAAAAGUGUAAAUAAAACCGGACUAUUAAAGGAAAUUAUCUUUCAAGCCAU